AUGGCGUUGCGCUGCCUUGCCUGUCUUGUCAUUUGUCACAGAUCAUGCGGCCUCGAACCUCCUCCCGUUCCAACUACCUUUCUACCCGAAUGUCAUCAUGUUUCAACAAUUCCACUAUUCCAUACCCCUCAAAUGUUCAUGGCGGUGUCGUCUGUUUGCGAACAGUUCCUGGAGCUGCCACGCGGUAUCAUGCAGUAUGAUCUACAGUACGACAACCAGAACUAA